AUGACCACCAAAUCAACAAUAAUUGCACUCAAGAGACGACGCCCAUCGACCAACCAAAAUACCAUUACAAUGAACCUUUUGUUGAAAACAUUCAGCCCUAGAGCCGACUACAGAGAUAUACAAGAGUCCGGAUGGUUGGAGCCAGUGGUGCGUUGGAGUGUGGCCUGGUGGAUGAAUUGUACAUAUAUGUCCGAUUUGGGAGAGAAACCUUAA